AUGUCAGCUACCACCCAGUCCAUGCUCGAUCCCCACUUUGCACGAUAUCGAGAUAUUCUCAACUCUGAAAUCCCGAACCAGGUCGAGGACGCUCCUAUGGACGUCUGGGACAGGGGAGUGUUCUUGAACGAACUCCAGAGGCAGCGUAUUGCCUUGAGACCGGAUGCGAACGGUGAAACUGAUGGAUCUCUUGUUGCAGAUCAAGGUCUUGAGAAGGGGACCUACCAAGGAACUUAUGCAACAUCUUCAUUUGCGGCGAGGGGCGUCGAUGCCCCUUUUCCUGUCAAGAGAGAACUUGCAGACAAACAGGCAGUCUGCAUAUGGAGCAACCCUGCAGACAGCUAUCCUCCUCACCUGGAACUCCCUCAGAAGCUACACGAUGACCUUGAAAAAUACCAGCUGGAUAUGAACCAAAUACCAAAUUUCAACAAGGACUAUAGGGAUUAUAUUAAUGCCGUGGCACAAGCUUUUACCCAACUUGUUCCCGCCGACAUCGCCAUGGAGGGUGCACCUUUUGCGGGGCCGACCAUUCUUAAAUGCGAAGAAUACAAUCGAAGCAACCCGAGGCCGAAAACGUAUAUCAUGGAUGGCGAGAACCUUGGUAACCCUUUAGACUGGUACUCUGAUGCCCGAUUCGCUCAGCAGCUUCUAAGUGGUGUCAAUCCGUCAACCAUUACAAAGGCUUCCACCGAGAUCAUCAAAGCUUUUGCCAAUGAAGCAGGCAAGCAAGGGUUACAAAACAUGAUGGAUUUACUGUCCCAGACGAAGGAUUUUCUUGCGCCAGAUUAUUCCUACUUCCGCAAAGCUAUGCAACCAGGUUUUCAUACCCUGUGGCCAACGCUCGAUUCGUUACGCCUGUGCGCGGAUUGUCAUCUUCAGCUCCACGACAAUGGCAGGCUUCAUCCUCUAGCAAUUGCCUUGGACUUCAAGGGUAGCCUAGAAAAUUCCAAGGACGACCAGCCUUGGAGAUACGCCAAGACCUGUGCUCAAACGGCGGAUUGGGCAAAGCAUGAGGCUACAACGCAUUUGGUGGACACGCACAUGAUUGAGGAAGUCAUCAUGUUGCAACCAACCGCACAAUUCCCGGAGAACAUAUGUUGUAUGAGGUUUUGA